AUGGACUGCAGCACGCUCAAGCACGGGCUGCUGGGAGCCAAGAGUCUGGUCAAUGCACUGGUGAAAGGCCGCCAGCAUCCCAGUCGCCACACGCGCCUGACUUUGGCACUAUCAGGCUUCAACGCAGUCCCAGAUACUGCGUCCAAGAAAUUGGCAGUACAGGCUAUGAG